ACUGUAUGCGUCGAAAGCCACAUCGCUGAUCUGUUGAUUGUACUUUUUACAGCGGGACGUUCAUAGCAGCAGCAGUAGUUGUGGUUUCAAUUCAUGGUCGGCUUCGCUUCAUAUUGUUUUACACGUACAGACAUUGUCAAAGUUAAUGUUUUUGUUUUGUAACGCAAAGAAGCUGAAGUGAGCGUUUUUUUUUUCAGAGAGUUCUCUGAUUUCCCAGCUUUAUCACAGGACCCGAACACGUGAAGAAGAGAGAGGAGCUUAGUAGUUAGCUGGUUAGCGAAUGUGUUAAGAUGCAAUUGGCUCUCAGUAAAACGUUUGGCCAGAAGCCAGUUAAAUUCCAGUUAGAACAAGAUGGGGACUUUUACAUGGUUGGGUCAGAGGUGGGAAAUUAUCUGCGUAUGUUCAGAGGCUCUCUGUAUAAAAGAUAUCCAUCUUUAUGGAGGAGGCUGGCCUCAGUGGAGGAGAGGAAGAAAAUCGUAGCAUCAUCACAUGCCACUAGUGUUACUCUGCUGAAGGCCUCAGAAUGUGAAGAAAUCUUCGAGGGUAAUGAUGAGAAAUACAAGGCGGUGUCCAUCAGCACAGAGCCCCCAGCUUACCUCAGAGAGCAGAAAGCAAAGCGAAGCAGUCAGUGGGUCCCCACGCUGCCCAACAGCUCUCAUCAUCUUGAUGCCGUGCCUUGCUCCACUACCAUCAACCGCAACCGAAUGGGGCGUGACAAGAAGAGGACCUUCCCCCUGUGCUUUGAUGACCACGAUCCUGCAGUGAUCCAUGAGAACGCAGCCCAGGUCGAGGCGCUGGUCCCCAUUCGUCUAGAUAUGGAGAUUGAUGGACAGAAACUGCGAGACGCCUUCACUUGGAACAUGAACGAGAAACUGAUGACCCCGGAGAUGUUUGCUGAGAUUUUAUGUGAUGACCUGGAUCUGAACCCUCUGGCCUUUGUUCCCGCCAUUGCCUCAGCCAUUCGCCAGCAGAUAGAAUCCUACCCCACCGACAGCAUACUAGAAGAGCAGGCAGACCAGAGAGUCAUCAUCAAGCUGAACAUCCACGUUGGAAACAUCUCUCUGGUGGACCAGUUUGAGUGGGACAUGUCAGAGAGAGAGAACUCACCAGAGUCGUUUGCACUGAAGUUGUGCUCUGAGCUUGGUCUUGGAGGAGAGUUUGUCACCACCAUCGCCUACAGCAUUCGCGGUCAGCUCAGCUGGCAUCAGAGGACCUAUGCUUUCAGUGAGAACCCACUCCCCACAGUAGAGAUUGCCAUCCGCAACACAGGCGAUGCAGAUCAGUGGUGCCCCCUGCUGGAGACCCUCACAGAUGCUGAGAUGGAGAAGAAGAUCCGAGACCAAGACAGGAACACAAGGCGCAUGAGACGACUGGCCAACACGGCUCCAUCCUGGUAGAAAGCGACACGAAGCUACAUCAGAUGAUGUGUCCUCUGGAGUUCCACACACAGGUCAUCAGUAAAGCAUUGAUGAAGCAUCUGGACAUUGAUGGAAGCAUGAAUGAACUCGCAUACACGUGGUCAGUCUCCAUGGACACCCCACCGACUGGACACAACACACACACAUCCAGGCAUUCCUCAGCACACAGGUCAUCAUGUUUCACUCUGGCUGUAGCACAUCGCUCGUGGAAACAGCUCAGAUCAAAGCAGCAUUAAUGUUACAUUGAAGGUUUUUUUUUUUUUUAUGUCUGCUACGCAAGUUACUGCUACACACCACACCAUGCAUUCACACCACAUGUGUCAAAGCCACAGUACAGAACAAUGACUGAGUUUACUGUAACUAUAUGACUGGUUAGUGAAAUGACAUCAUCUGGACAGCACUGUAAGGACAACUCUCACAUCUGUUGAAUUCUUCAGACCUUUAUCACAGAGGUCGACCUUAAGCUAUCCAUGUGUCUAUGAGCACAUUAAUGUAAAUCCUGGCCUCAUCAACUUCUGUAGGUGUUUUUCACAGCAGACAUUUGAACACCUUGGAAAGGAAGGAGAGACAAUAACAAUGGCUCUGUGUCUCAGGACUGACUCACAGAACCACAUGCAAUGAAGUUAAAACUAAUAUUAACAUUUCAAAGGCCCCAUUCCCACUCGCCAUGCCAGGUGUCUUGUAUCUGGAUAAAAUCUUCAUUAAAUUUAAAACAUUUCAUUUACACUCGUCACACUUAUGUGUCUCUGUUGGCCAGUUACUAAUGUGUGAUUCAACUGCCUCUAUCACACGCACAGAGAACAACAGGCAGUGAGUGGACAUUUCCACAGACUGCUCACUGACAUAGUGACACUAUUGGAGUAAGCAAUAACAUGUAUACUUAUUGGUCACACAGAUGCAUUUACACCUGUUCAACAUCAGACUAGAAUGUGUCUCGGUCAGUCUCGGAUGCAUUUCCACCAGCAUGAAGUGGAUCUGUGUAAAGUGGGUGUGUGUCAGUUGUUGCUUAACUUAUUCCCCAAGAAAACAGUGAAAAGGUGUCAAAUGUGUUUUUCAUAUAUCACUGAAGACUACAUAUGUUUGAGUUUUUGACUGUUGGUCUGGCAAAACAAGACUCUUGAAGAUGUCACCAUGGGCUCUGAGAAGUUGUGAUGGGCCUUUGUUUCCACAUAUUUUGGUAUUUUAUCAACUGAACAGUUCAAGUCGGCAAAUCUUAGUGCAUGUUACACAAGAAAUACGGUAGCACAUAUUGCCCCUAUGAUUGGAGUUUGGAUAACUCUGACUUCGGUGGCUGAUAUUGGAAGGACUGAAAAAGCUGAAAAGAAACUGGGAUGAUGUGAAUUGGCAAACAGUCUCACCAACAAAUCCUCAUGUGAAAGAUUCCAUAAUCAUAUAAAAUAUUUCACACAGGAGCUUCUGUUAAUGUUGAUGAGAGACAAUAAAUUGUGUUGGCUUCUCCUUUAUACUGUGGGUGAUGUCAGGGUUUUCAUCUGACUGAAAUGACCAGUAUGCAUGUGUAAAAUCAAACCACAACAGUCCCUGAUAAUGUAACUGCUGUCCAGACAGGUCUUCAGACAGUGACAGUGGCUCGGAUAUGUAAAGAGUUUUCACAUUCUGGUCAGUUCUGUGCGCCAGUGUUCAUCUGCAUGCUGAAACAUAGGUAGUUCAUACUGUAGCCUGUGCAUGAGGGACUAACUAUUCCCACUGUUACUUCUGUUUGCGCUGUGCCUCACAUUACAUCAGUGUCAGCAGGCUGGAGCCUCUGUGUUACUGGGAGUGGAAAAACAAGCUGACAAGAACCAAUGGUGUCUUUUAAAGUGAUGAUUUUCAACUUGAACAUACUCCAGAAAAUGAUGUUAAUGUAUGUACUGUUGCUCCUUGUUCUCUUCUUUUGUAAAAUUGCUUUACCUUUAUAGUGGACUUGUUUUUAUAUGAAAAAUAACAAUAAAGAAAACCUGUUGAAAACA